AUGGGGGCCAACUCCACCAUGCUGGGUGACCUUCUGGAGAUCCAGGGCUUCCACAUUGCCCUGCCUUUCAGGUACCCUCUGUUCUUUUCCCUGCUGCUGGUCUACUGCUCCCUGCUCCUCUCCAACGUGGGUGUCCUUCUGGUCAUCUUCAGUGACCGGUCUCUUCACCAGCCCAUGUACCUCCUCUUCUGCAACCUACCCCUCAACGACCUCAUGGGCAACACUGUUCUCCUACCUCGUCUUAUGAUGCACAUUGUGAGUGGAGAGCGCUAUAUUAGCUACCAGCAAUGUGUGGUGCAAGCUUUCCAUAGCCAUACUUUUGGCUCAGCUUCGCAUAUGAUUCUUAUUAUCAUGGCUAUCGACCGCUACAUCGCCAUCUGUCACCCGUUGAGAUACAGCACCAUCAUGACCAGUCGAACAGUCACAGGGCUUUCGGUAGCAGCCUGGGGUAUAUCCUUAGUCCUGGUUUCCAUCCUUAUUGGGUUAACUGUUAGACUCUCACGGUGUAGAAACGUGAUUCAAAAUGCAUACUGUGACAAUGCAUCUUUGUUCAAGCUAUCGUGUGAUGACGUGUCCAUAAAUAACAUCUACGGCCUCUUCUUCACAGUGCUGCUCUUCUGUUGUUCGAUAGGGGGCAUAGGAAUCACUUACAUCCGGAUAGCGCUACUGUGUUGGAUUAAAAAGAAUAAAGAGUUGAACAGACGUGCAGUUCAAACUUGUGCUAGUCACCUGGUGCUGUACCUUAUUAUGAUGUGUACGGAUUUUCUGACGAUCAUUCUGCAUAGGUUUCCAGAAUACCCAUACUUGAGACAAAUAGCAUAUGUAUUGUUCCAUGUAGUUCCUGCAAGUCUGAAUCCUGUCAUAUAUGGACUACAGACCAAAUCAUUACGAGAUAAAAUUAUGUAUUAUGUACGAAGAAAAGUAUUGCCGAACUAG